ACUAGUGGCUGUCAGUUGCCACAAAGCGAUUAUCGUACGAACAGUAAGGUUGUAUUAGAACGGAAGGACAUUUAUCGAGUUUAAUGGUAAAAUAAUCAGAGACAAUGUUAUUGUAAUGGUUGUGAGUGGUGGUCCCGAGCGAACAUGGCUUACGACAUCGGGUGGAUCAUCCCGCGCCUGCGGAACCCGAGCCGACUGUGGAACUGCGCCAGCUCCAUCACGGUGGCAGUGGUCGGUUUGUUCACCAAGUUAUUUGUAGAGUUCUUCAACAAGACGACGGUGUACAACCGCGAGGCGCUGCAGCGCGCCGUGUACCGCCCGCCCGACGUGCCCCUGCUCACCGUCUCCAACCACUACUCCUGCUUCGAUGACCCGGGCCUCUGGGGGGUGCUGGACACGCGCACGCUGACGAGCGGCGCGCGCAUGCGCUGGGCGCUGGCGGCGCACGACAUCUGCUUCGCCAACUCGCUGCGCGCCUCCUUCUUCGCGCUCGGCAAGUGCGUGCCCGUCGUGCGCGGCGCCGGCGUCUACCAGCCCGGGAUGGACUUCUGCGUGGAGCGGCUGGCGCGCGGCGAGUGGGUGCACAUCUUCCCCGAGGGCCGCGUCAACGUGGAAAAGGAGCACAUCCGCUUCAAGUGGGGCGUGGGCCGCCUCGUGGCCGACAGCGCGGCGCGCGGCCGGCCGCCCGUCGUGCUGCCCGUGUGGCACGAGGGCAUGGACUGCUUGCUGCCCAACGUCGAGCCCUACCGCCUGCGCAUACGCAACCGCCUCCACCUCGUCGUGGGCGAGCCGCUGCGCCUGCACCCGCUGCUGGACAGAUUAAAGAACGAGAACGCCUCGGAGGAGGAGACGCGGCGCGCCAUCACGGAGCGCGUGCAGGAGGAGCUCAUGAAGCUGCGCGCGCGCGCGCACGCGCUCAUCCGGCGCGCGGCCGGCGUCGACCGCGAGCGGCCGCGCGCCAGCGGCAAGGAGCGCAACCACAACGAGCCGCCGGCGCGCGACCGCGACCUGUGA